CAACCAUGUAUUCAUUUAUAUUAUAAUAACCCUUUUUAUACAGCUUUUGUUUAAUUAAAUAUUUAAUCUUGGUAAUAGAGAUACCUCGUAUAUAUUUUGCAUUUCUCUUAAAAAUCGCAGCCUGCAAACUGGUAUUCGAAUCUAAGAUUGCGUAGCAACUAUGUAUUCUGAUGACUGCGCAACGGGUCGUUAUAACCAGAUAUAACCAGAGUUGCAAUUUUUAUAUAGUAUUAGAGCGAUAUAUGAGCUGACACUACACCUGGUAGUAAAUGUUCACUGCCGCACAUGAAAAUCUGCAACUAUUUUCAAGCUAAAUAUUAAAUGCUUUGUCAUGCUGGAGGACUAAGAAUUGGGACUCAGCAAAUGGGUAGACUCCUGCUGUUUGACGGCAGAAAAGAUUCAGAAAAGAAUUACUUUCGAGUUGAUGGGAUGGUAUGGCAACAACUCAGACGAAAUCCUUGGGAUAAAAGAAGCCCGAACGCCUAAAAGCCUGAAGAAGAAAACUAAAUAUUAUUACAAAAGCCAAUAAUUAUGAACCAUAAUGAUAUCUUGCUUAAUAUGUACUUUAACACUGACCUCGUUUCACACUUUGUUUUUAUUAUGAUUGAAAUCUUGUUCUCAAAAUAUAAAAUAAUUUAUUUAUUGUUUUUGAACCCGUAAUGUUUUAUAAACAUAUUCGAUUCGAUAAUAACUAAUUCUUUUCCUUUCGUUUCUUUAUAGGUUUCUUUUAUAUUAUUCUCAAUGUGCUUGAACUAUUUAUUUUUCCACUAAGUGCACAAUUAGGGUCUUAAUAUACCUACAUUUAUUUAUUCUUUUCUAUCUUAUCUGUUGAUUUAUCUUUUUAAAAUUCUUUAUGAAAUAGUGACUAAAAGUCCAUUGCUGGAUGUAAGAUACUCCAGAUAGGAGGAUUGCCGAAAUUUUUAUGCUUAGUAGAUGAAAUGGCAAUAUCUUUGUCGGUGUUUUUGAAUUCCACAUGAUUUAGACGCUAUUUCACUAUCUAUUAUUUAUCUGAGUGUAUGAGAUCGUUCAUAUAGUUGCCUCUUAUGAUAAAUUUAUUAUAUAAAUUAAAUGGGUUAAUGAAUUAUCUAACAUAGUAAUAAAAGUAAAUAAAAUAAAUAAUGUGUAAACUGAUAGAAAUUAAAAUUUAGAGCUUCAAGAAAUAAACUUCAAUUCCACUUCUGAUGUUUGAAAUUAUUCUCAAACUUAUUUAAAUUAAAGAAUACUACUCGAUAACAAUCACUCCUUACCAUUAGAAACCAUUCUGGAGGCCAAUUGCCAAAAAUAACAAAUGUGUGAGAGCGGAUGCUCAACUUGCUCUCCCGCUUACGCAUCAGUGCACUGCACCAUAAACUCAGCAUAGAACAAUACAGUUCGACCAACCGUAACAUGUUCACAUCACAAUCACACACCGGUGUAACGUGAAGGACCAUAUUACAUGAUAACACCAAAGUAUGCAAAACAAGAGCAACACCACCCAUCUCAAUGUAACACAGGGCAGCCGCCUCGCAACAAAACGGUCUUCCUUAUCUACUCGUACACUAUUAGAAUGCACCAAUGGGCAUAAUAACAACAGUGAGGCUCGUAGAAUUACUUUAUACUGCUAGAACGAGUGCUAAAUUAUAGCUCUACCUUCAUUUUUUCAUAUUUUAUUUUAUUUUUUACCGUCAUUGCUAACAGGACAUUAUGUAUUAUUUUUUUGUGUGGCAAAAAUAGUUUAACAUUAUAAUUUUGUGUUUUAGGACUCUGUAUUGGACUGGGCUCGAGACCACCGGAUGCAUCACAAAUAUUCUGAAACGGAUGCUGAUCCUCACAACGCAACACGUGGCUUCUUCUUUUCUCAUAUUGGAUGGCUCUUAGUGAAGAAGCACCCUCAGAUAAAAGCGAAGGGAAAAACACUUGAUAUGGGCGACCUUUGGGCUGAUCCUGUACUCCGUUUUCAAAAGAAGUGAGUAUUAUAUUUUAUACUGUUCUUCUGCGACGACUCUUGCAAAACUUAGCUCCGACCGCAUGGACAGUUUCCACGAGAUUGUUAUUCUUAUCGUCCACUAUAUUGCGGUCUUCUAGCCACUGAAAACGAUUUUGUAACUCUAGCUGAAAGUUUUUGGGCCACUUGAUUAGAACACGGAGGCACGGAGCGUUGACUUCAUUAGAUGUGACCUCACCAACUUAACGUUUAGAUUCAGUGUGUCUCUUACCAUUCCAUGACCGCUGCCAGUUUUUACAAGUUGCCAUCUAGUCGUCAUUAUAAUGUUAAUCUUAUUUUUUGUCAAACCGUCAGGGCUCGACCAGGUUCAUUUUUGUGGGCCCGCAUUUGGAAAAAAGAGUUCAUUAUAAAGAGUCCCUCUUUUUCAAUGAAGUUGGCAAGCUGCUGGCCUCUUGGAUUCCGUUGCCCCAUCUCGGAUUUCCCCACCGACAGCUCACCAUUUUCUCUUGUGCCUAGUUUUGCGUUGUAGUCUCCCAUUAAGAACGUAUAGUGGGUUUUGGAGGAAUGCUUGGCUCUAUAUAUAUCCACAUAUAUUACCUCCACCUCCUCAUCGUAAUGUGCGUAAACCUGUAUAACUUUCAACGAAUACCGUUUGGUGAUUGUGAGUAUAAGGUACGCAACCUUCGUUGACACACACACAUCUUUGCUGCGUUGAUACAACAAGUUCUCUUCGGACCUCUGAUAAUCCUAUAAUAUCCCAGCGCAACUUCUCAAUCUCUUCUUCAGCCCCAGGAUCUUCUCGUCAGUCCUCAGGGUACGUGCGUUGUAUGGGGGGUAUAAUGCCAUAGUUGCCACGCUUGGCGAGCGGGUUGGCAACCGCAGUUUUUUUAUUGUAAUUUGCUGUUAUCAGAAAGAUACUGCUGCUCAUCUUCUGUCUCAGUUUCCAUCUGUCACCUUUUACGACACCCACAGCUAGAUAUGGGGUAGUGGGUAUUCUUACCCGCCACUACGGGAUGUAAGAAUACCGACUACCCCUUUUUAUUUUUACCUCUUUUUAUUUGCAAUAAAAAUAACUAAAAAUAAAACCAUUAUACAGUCCUACUCUACGCAGUAUACUGCGAAGAAAUGCUCUCUUUAAUUUGUGCAAGAAUGCUGGCUGCGUUUUCUCACUGAAUAAGCUACUAAUAAUACUUAACCUUUUUAGUUUUUAGGUAGGAUGUUGCCAUAUUAAAUUUUUAAGUUCAUACGGCGGACAAUUUUUUAUAUAUAAAGGAAGCCAGUGACGAUUUUUGUAUAUUCUUGAUUCAGUUGUAGCCUAAUAUAUAUAGAAUUGAAGUAAGAAAUAACAAGGACACCAUCGAUGUAACCUCAUUACGGAACCAUGUUGUAUAGUGACGUCAGUUACAAAUGUACUUCCGUUUGACUUACUUAAAAUUCAAAAUGUGGUGUGGAGUUUACUUUAUAAGAAAAAGAAUGUAAUUCAUUAAUUAAAUGGAUUUUAUUUUUAUUACAGUUGCAAUGUAAUUCAGUUCUUCAAUUUGUAAUAAGAAAGGGUAGUUACAGCCGCAUACGUCCCACUCCUGGGCACAGGCCUCUUCUCAUUUCUGAUAGAGUUUUAGGGCAAGAAAGUGAAAUAAUGCAAGUUUAUCGACUUCACAUGUUAUCAAAAAAUAUUUUUUUAUUUUUCAAUCAUGCAAGUUUGCUUAGUUACUUCACUGCCGAAUACGUUCUAAAUUAAUUUAAAAUUACAAUUAACAAUUUAACUGGUGAAAUAAUACUUGUUGAAGCAAAUUAAGUAGUUUCUUGUCAGUUUUUUUCUUAGGUUUAAUUUUUCAUUAAUAAAGAAUACAGAAAAAUUGUUGAAAAAGUCAAAAAUAAUCAUAACUUCUUUUGUUCCAGGUACUAUUUAACUCUCAUGCCGUUAGCUUGCUUUGUUCUACCGACAUACAUUCCAACACUUUGGGGUGAAACUUUGUGGAAUUCUUUCUUUGUAUGUGCAAUAUUCCGCUAUGUGUAUGUUUUAAAUGUGACCUGGUUUGUUAACUCCGUAGCUCAUUUAUGGGGUUCUAAGCCCUAUGACAGACACAUUAAUCCAGUAGAGACCAAACCUGUAUCAUUAGUCGUAUUAGGAGAAGGCUUCCAUAACUACCAUCACACUUUCCCAUGGGACUACAAAACCGCAGAAUUGGGGAAUUAUUCUCUAAACUUUACUAAGCUAUUCAUUGAUACUAUGGCUAAAAUCGGGUGGGCUUACGAUUUGAAGACUGUAUCAAGUGACGUAAUCGAAAAGAGAGUAAAGAGGACGGGUGACGGGAGUCAUAGUGUUUGGGGUUGGGACGACCGUGAUGUUCAUAUGGACGAGAAGAAAAUUGCAAAAAUCAUAAACCCCAAAGAGGAAGAAUGAACCAACCGGACAACUAUAACUUGAAUUUGGGCCCUGCUUUAAAUUAUAAGAUCGAUAAGAGUGGGUGUUAAGGUUAAUUAGUCACAAUAGCGUAGUCCUUAGUUUUAUAUCAUGGACUGUGACCGGAUUUGUGAUAAUUUUUAAAAGUCUGCAUAAUACGUUAUUGUUGUUUUAUGUGAGAGAAUAGGAAGUAAGUUUCGUGAUAUGAUGUUAUGUUACAGCUAAAUCUAAUUGAACUGUAUAUAAUAACAGACAAGCAUUACCAAAUAUUUUGUAAAAUCUUACCAUAUAAUAUUUAUUGGUGUAUGCAUACAUUCAAUUGUACUACAAAUAAUUUAUUUUUAUAUUAUUGUAUUAUUUAAAGUUUAUACAAAACAAUAAAUGGAGUUAAA